AACGAAACAAGCAACGAAACUUCAAAAGUUUCAAGUUUCAAUGGAUGUAUUUUCAAGUUUCAACAGUAUUCUUUUAUCUUAUGUUUCAACUUUUAAGUGCAUAUGGUUCUUAGGUUCUUAGAAAAUUAAUGGUAUAUAAUAGCCAGUACUCAGAACUUGUACCGUUAUCUUAGUGUUUAUUAUUUUGUAAGUUGAAACUGUUCAAAACAUGGAAGUUUGAUCUUGAAACUGAAAGACAAAAACUUUAUUUCGACCAGUAAGUGCAGUAUAGUCGUUGUAAUGCGUAACGAAACAUGUUUUUUUGGUCUCUGAUUACUUUUCUGUUUAAUAUCUUUGUGAUAGUUGUGUUACUUUUGAUUUUAUAUGGUUUAAUAGUGGGUGAAACGAUACAUAGACAAAUCACUGAAAUACAUGAACAAAACAUGGCCUCUUGCGUAGAAGAAGUGGCAGCAGACAAAGUUGAUAUACCAGAGAUAUAUAUAGACGAAUCCAUCCUCAAACCAAUAGUAUUGGAUUGUGUAACGGAUUGUAAAAAACCAUUGAUAUAUGAUAAAGUUUAUGAAAUCAACGGCACAAUCUUCCGUGAAGAUGGUCUGGAGGACAGUGACACACUGUCCCUGUUUGAAAUACAAACCACGGAUACUGGUGAUGGAGAAAUGGAGGUCACGAUUCAUGAUACUACAGAUAUCUAUUUACCGGUCUCCAUCCAGGAGACUCCAUAUGGACUGAUUAUAAAUUCCAAUAUGCUACUAACAGUAGCACAGUGGAACACUUUAGUAGAACAGGGUGAUACUCAUAAAUGUAUAGUCUGUGAUACUAAGAUCGGUGGUACUACAGAGCAUAUAGACUCGGAUAUACAUUUGAGGAAUUUGGAGAAGUAUCAACCGUUGAAGAAGUUUGAUUUGAAUAUCACAAGGCUGAUCAAAGACUUCUACCACUGUGGUGUAUGCAACGAAUGCUUCGGCAAAGACGCGGAAAACGAACACUUUGACAGCAAAACCCAUGAAGACAAAAUGCUUUUUGCGACAAACCGGGCAUCCGACGUCUUGUACGACUUUGACUUGCAUGUUGACAGAAACAGUGACCAAGGAAGCGCAGAUAACGGAAACAAAAAUAACGACUGUUACCAUUUCAAUAGGAAUAGAAUAUUGAGCUUAAGUGACACAAGCGGUUUCGACAGCGCUGAGGGAUUCUACGAUUACGAUUAUGACGAUAACGCUCCGUAUGUUUCCGAAUACGAGAACGAUAUUAACGAUAACGUUUUCAGCAGUAACGAUAUCGAUUUUAACGUUACUGAAAAUAACGAAUACAACGAACCGAAUUAUGUUUCGUAUGCGUCGAUUGCUAAGAAAGUUGCAGCUACACCGGAUUAUUUAUAUGUGACAAUUUUUGACAAAAGAAUGAAAAUGAAAUUCGACCACUGGCAUAUGAUCAGUAUGUUUAAAUCAAACCAGCUUUACUGUAUGGUGUGCAAGAAAUACUACCAAGUAACUGUCAAAGCGCAACACUGCGCCGAAAAAACGCAUCUGGAUAAACUGAAAUGCUAUAAGUUUGUAGAGGAGUACAAAAGUUACUUUAUACGGAAGAUCGAUUUAAAAUACUACCACUGUGGUAUAUGCAACAACAUUCAACUUGCAGAUGAAAUAAAAUCGCAUAUAGAAGCGAAACACAAAAAGAAAGUCAUACCGGCCCUACUUUCCGAAGUUGUUCCUAAAAGAAAUAAAAAUAACGAUAACAGUGCAAAGAAUAGAAAUACGGGUAACGAAAAAACCACAACGUUACCGUUAUUUAAGGAACCGCAAAUUAUUAAAAAUACCGAUAAGACACCACAAGUAAAGAACACGAGUAACGUUAUCCAAACUGUUAUGAAUACUAGAAAUGAAAGUAACGAAAAUCUACCAACCAGAAAUACCGUUACCGAGAACCAAGCCGUUACCUCGAUAACGAGUACAAAUAACGUUAUAAAUGAAAAUAACGACAUAAAAACCGUUACGGCAACGAAUAACGAUAGCGAACGUGAAAUAAAUAACGAAUCGCCGAAUAUUCAUAACGAUGUCAUAUUGAAUCAAAAUGGUUUUAGAAUCCGCGUGUCAUUCAUGUCAUAUAAUUUUGUUACCAAAACAGCAAAUGAAUAUCACUGUCAUAUAUGUAAUGUGACAGCUAAUGAGACGGAUGUGUCAAAUCAUAUGAAACAUCAAGAUCACAUCGGCAUGCUGAGAAAUGUAACAUUUCAAGACAAUUACGGCAUACAUUUGAUUAGAAUGAUUGGAUUCCAAGAUCAUUGUACUGUAUGCAAUGCGCUAUUUAAUAUGGAGCAUACAAAGUUGCAUUUAUUUGAUAGCAAUCAUAUAAAAAAGCUAACCAAAGCGUUGGCAACUCAGAACUACCAAAAUAAGCCAUACUGUGACUUAUUCAAUCAGCCCAAAAAUAAUUUAAAUCAAACUGCAAUUCGUCAACUUACAAUGCCUCGACCCGCAACGCAUCAAACCUCAAUGCAUCAACCCGCAACGCAUCAACCCGCAACGCAUCAACCCGCAACGCAUCAACCCGCAAUGCAUCAACCCGCAAUCCAUCAACCUGCAAUACAUCAAUCCGCAAUGCAUCAACCCGCAAUGCAUCAACCUGCAAUGAGUAUGAAUCAAUCGCUAUUGGGUUUGAAUCAACCACCUGUAACACCCCCAUUAAUGGGCAUGCAGCAAUGGCCAAUGAAUCAGCCAAGAAUUGGUAUGAAUCAGCCAAUAUUUCCACCAACACUAGGCCUGGCCCGAUGGCCAAUACCUUUGCCAACAUUUGGCAUGCAUGUGGGUCCAUCUGGAGUAGAUUUGAACCAACGAGCAACAAGUCAGAUUAAAAUACAUACGAACCAACUAAUAACCAAUAUGAAUCAACGAAAAACCAAUCAGACUAAAUUGGAUAUGAAUCAGACUAAAAUAAAUCAACACACAACUAGCAUCCCUAAUUUAGACACGAAUCAAUCCAAAACAGAUAUGAAUCAAAAUACAACUAUUCAGUUUAACAGUAAAGACAUUGAAACUGAACUUAAAACAGAUACGAAUCAAUCAAAAAAAAUUGAAAGUCAACGUGCAACGAAUCAAUACAAAUCAGAAGACGAAACUGAAUCUAAAACAGAUACGAAUCAAUCUAAAAAAAUUGAAAAUCAACGUGCAACGAAUCAAUACAAAUCAGAAGACGAAACUGAAUCUAAAACAGAUACGAAUCAAUCUAAAAAAAUUGAAAGUCAACGUGCAAGGAAUCAAUACAAAUUAGAAGACAAUAAGAGAACAGAAUUACAAAUUGAUUCAAUACAAGACAUGAUCGAUUUGAAUGAAUCAUUAGAAGAUGUUGAAGAUGAUUUCGAAUAUUUCAAUGAAAGAUUUGUAUAUUUGAAAUUCAAAAACACUUAUGUUCAAGUCGCAUUGGCAUCUUACAAUAGUUUGAUCAAAAUUGGCGAUGGGACGACAUACUGCUUUGUAUGCUCUGUGCGUGUCUAUGGUUCAAUGAAAAAACACAUUGAAAGCAAGAACCAUGCGAAAUGUAUGGAUGGAUGCAAGUUUGUUGCCAAAUAUGAUAGACAUCUUUUACGGCAGAUGUUCCUGAAUUAUCACUGUAGUGUUUGCAAUAUAAUAUUUACAAGGAAAGACAUUAACAAGCAUAUAACAUGGCCGCUGCAUUUACAAGACAACAAGACUGACAAGAAAGCAAGAAAGAGGGACCUUAAAUCGGGCAGACAACUAUUGAACAUAAGUUUUCAAAACGAAAACAUAUACCUGAAUGAGAAGGAGUCAGAAAUAAAGAUAUUAGUCAUAAUAGAGAUCAGCGCAAGCUGUCAAAGCGAGGAAAUUUUACAGAAAAAAAAUAAAAUUAUUAUUUUUGGUGGAAAAGUUUUGAGGAUCUCGUGGGAUGCUUAUCACGGAUUCUGUAAAAAUAAGAGUGGACACAGAUGCGUUCUGUGUCAACGUGAUGUACGCAGCUAUGAGUUUACUGCACACAUUGCAGGGGCUUAUCACAAGGGACUACUCGAUGCGUUCGAGACCUCUUACUUGCCGGACCUCAUCAGGAAGAUUGAUGAAUCAACACUAAACUGCGUAAUUUGCAACGUGGAAGUGCCAAAUAAAGAACAUGUGGUAGCUGACCAUGUCUGUGCAAAGAAACACAAGAAAAACUACUCUGCUAUAUUGCUGGACAGCUGUACUGUGGGCAGUUACGCUGAUUGCAAUGAGGAUGUUUUGAAUCUUAGUUCUUAAUUUAAAAAAAAAAAACAUUUAAAAAAAAACUU